AUGGAUGCGUCUUCCCAGAAAUGCCCAGUCAAAAAACGAGUGAAAAUUCAUCCCAACACAGUAACAGUGAAAUACACUUCUCAUUAUCCCCAGCCAGGAGAAGAGGGGUAUGAGGAUGCUAAUGAAGACACUGGAGUAUUUCUGGAGGAUAAUCCUAAGAAAAGACUACUGAGCAAUGGGACAAAGAGAGAAAGGACCUUUUUUGGUACAAUAGACACCAAGCUUCAGCCAGCACAACUGCCAAAACCCGAGGAGAUUGGGCAAUCCCAGCAUUUUGCUGCAGGAAAUGGACUGCAGUCGAGGAAAACAUGGGUCGUCCUGUUUGGAUCUGCGGUGGCUCACGGCUGUGUGGCUCUAAUUACAAGAUUAGUUUCAGAUCGUUCCAAGGUGCCAUCCCUAGAGUUAAUUUUCAUCCGUUCAGUCUUACAGGUACUGUCCAUCGCUGUUGUGUGUCAUCACCACGAGCCUCCCUUUGGCCCCAAAGGCUACAGACUCCGCCUCUUCUUCUACGGGGUCUGCAACGUUCUCUCCAUCACCUGUGCUUACACCUCCUUCUCUAUCGUUCCCCCCAGCAAUGGGACCAUUAUGUGGAGGGCUACCACAACAGUGUUCAGUGCCAUUUUGGCUUUUUUACUCCUAGAUGAGGGCAUGGAUUACAUAGACAUCAUCACUGUAGUUGGCAGCGUGUUUGGUGUUUGUCUGGUCAUGAUCCCCAACAUUGUGAAGGAGGAAUACUCGUUGCUGAGCACCUGGAAGGAAGCUUUUGGCUAUACCAUGACUGUUAUGGCAGGUUUGACCACUGCUCUCUCCAUGAUAGUCUAUAGAUCAAUCAAAGAUAACGUCAGCAUGUGGACAGCGCUGUUCACCUUCAGCUGGACGGGAACGGUGUGGGGAGCAUCCACCAUGUUCUUGCUUCAAGAGCCAAUCAUCCCACUGGAUGGAGAAACCUGGAGCUAUCUCCUUGCCAUCUGCCUGUGCUCCACAGCAGCUUUCCUGGGGGUCUACUAUGCCCUGAGCAAGUUCCACCCUGCUUUGGUGAGCACUGUGCAGCACCUGGAGAUCGUCAUUGCCAUGGUCCUACAGCUGGUUGUGUUGCGGAUCUUCCCAGGCGCUUAUGAUCUUGUUGGGGGAGCAGUUAUUUUGGUUAGUGUUUUUUUCCUUGCAUAUUAUAAACUGUCCUGGAAGAAUUUAGGAAGACAAGAUUACCAGGAGAUUGUGGAUUCUUCCAUUAAAUGA